GUCACAUUCCCCAACGUCCCGUACACUUCCGGCAUCCGGUUUCCUGCCGUCACAGAAUCGACAUCGAAAACAAGAUGCGAUUGUCAUAACUCCCCAAAUAUCUGUGAUCACUGAUCAAUGACACCAAUCACCUGGGAUCACCGGCAACUGUGUUCUUCGAGUGCUGUUUUGUAGGAUCGAUGCAUUCAAACUGACACGAUGCCGUUUUCUCCGAACAACGGAGACUUUACGUUCGUCUCCUCGACAGAAGCGCAAGAGCUGAGUGGCACAAUCGCUGCCCCUGACAUUCAAGUAAAUAUGAGCAGUGACAGUGGUAAAGAUCCAUAUGCCACUGCUUUCCUUAGGCAGCGAGGCUAUGGUUGGCUGCUGGAGGUAGAGGAGGAGGACAGCGAGGAGAGCAAACCACUUUUAGAGGAGCUGGACAUUGACCUAAAGGACAUCUAUUACAAGAUCCGCUGUGUGCUGAUGCCAAUGCCUUCAUUGGGUUACAACCGGCAGGUGGUCCGAGAUAAUCCUGACUUCUGGGGCCCACUCGCUGUGGUGCUGCUCUUCUCCAUGAUCUCCAUCUACGGACAGUUCAGGCUAGCUGUCUGCAAACUCUGGAAGAGAUUUCUGGAACAGAGGCGUCUCUUUAAUGAGGUUGUUUCCUGGAUCAUCACCAUCUGGAUAUUUGGAUCACUAACAAUCUUCCUCUUGGCACGUGUACUUGGCGGUGAGGUUUCCUACGGUCAGGUCCUUGGAGUGAUCGGAUAUUCCCUUCUUCCUCUCAUUGUUGUAGCCCCUCUGCUUGUUGUCAUUGGAAGCUUCCAGUUGAUUUCUACCUUAACCAAACUCUUUGGAGUCUUCUGGGCUGCUUACAGCGCUGCUUCACUGCUUGUUGGCGAUGAAUUCAAGACCAAGAAGCCUCUUCUCAUAUAUCCCAUUUUCCUUUUGUACAUUUACUUCCUGUCGUUGUACACCGGGGUCUGACUUUUGAUAUGGACCUUUUCAUGGACACUAACCCACGAGCAGAAAAGCCGUUCUUACUUUGGAACCAGGAAUGAUGUAUAUUUCUCUGUUAGAUUGUAGACUGUGGGGAUAUAUACAGUGUGUGUAUAUGUAUGUAUAUAUUUAUACAUUAUACACACACUUACAGUAUUUCCUUGUAUAUAGUUUUGUCUCGUCUUUGUUCAAUAAAAAGCAUCUGUUUUAA